GAGUGCAGACUGAGUCAGAGAGUCAGAGUCUGAGUGAGAGACUGAGGGCAGGAUGGAAAGACUCGGUACAGACGCUAUGCUCCUCAGCUGCCUCUCGCUCUGUCUGCUCUGGGGGGCAGUUCAGAGGGGUCAGGCUGGCCCUCUGGAGCCGGGGGUCAGUGUGGCCCGGGGCCAAAUCUCCUUAAACGAUAUGCUGAAGGAAGUGGAGCAGCUGAUGGAGGACACGCAGCACAAGCUGGAGGAGGCAGUUCAUCAGAUGCAGAAUGAGACAUCCAGGGAUUUGUAUGGAUACAGUCUGCCUUCCAUCUUUCAGAACCAGAACCUGAACACAACCAAAACCUUGGAAACAGACGGCCCGACCGGAGAUUCACCCUUCAGCAAGAGCAUCUUUGAGGAUGGACGAUGGAACGAGGUGGAUCACGAGUGUCUUAUUGAUGAAGACUGUGAGCAGGACAGCUAUUGUCUGUACAACAUUAGCAGCUCUAACUGCGUUCCCUGCAAGUUCACUAACAUGGAGUGUGUGAAGGAUGAGGAGUGUUGUGGAGAGCAGCUGUGUGUGUGGGGGCUCUGCGUGCAGAACAAAACCAGAGGACAGUCUGGGACAAUCUGCCAGGCCCAGAGCGACUGCAGCCCGCAGCACUGCUGCGCCUUUCACAAAGCUCUGCUGUUUCCUGUGUGUCGGCCCAGGCCUCAGCAGGGUCAGGGCUGUCGUGAGCAGCAGAACCAGCUGCUGGAGCUGAUGCUGUGGGACGAUGAAGCUCCUCGUGAACACUGCCCGUGCACUACAGGCCUGGAGUGCCAACCUGUGGGGCAGGAGUCACUGUGCAUGAAGAACAAAAGCUCGCUCAAGAAUGGACCAUGAAGAAUAACCACUGCUCCCAUCUCUGGAUUUAAACUCUACAUUCAGUGGGAUUUUAAUUUUAAGGUUUAAUAAUUCUCACUGUUCUGUCCCAUGAACCAAAACCAUGGAUCUCUAUUUUAUAGUAUUUUCUCAAAUAAUGUAAAAUGUUAUAUUGUUUGUUUUUUUUUAAAGAAUGAAUGGACCAAUAGAAAAGCUCCAGUAUCACCUAGGAUAGUAAUUGGCCUUCCCCUGUAAUAAUUCUAUUAUGGAGAUGCAUGGUUUUGCUUAGACAGUUUUUUUUGUGUUUGUUGUUGUUUAUUAUUGUUGUCAGUUUGACGAAUAAUAUUAUUAAAUUAAUAUUACAAUUGUUUUAACAGUAUGUUUUUAAUAAAUAUUUAAAAAUAUUGGACCCAUAUACACUGUAAUAUUUUAUUAUAAAAAUAAUACUUUUAAAUGCA